AUGGCGCAGAAUGGUGGCAGUGCGGGUCCCGAGAUAUCUCGGGUGCUUCUUUCCGUGGGAGGUGGAGGAGGUAUCAGCGAAAUACUUUUGCUCAGUCCAAAACAUGCUAAAAAGAAAGACACAACCUUACAGACAACCAGGCUGCCCAGAAGCAAUAUUUUGGAUAAGGUGCAGAAUUUUCUACCCCAGAUGGCUAGUGCAAAUAAUCAGCUGAGAAGAGAAAUGAACAGCAAACCUAGCCAAGAGUUUGACAUUGAACAUGUAGAUUCUUUGAUGGAAAAAAUAAUUGAAAUGAAUGUGGCCUUAGUAGAACUGAAUGACUGUGAUACAACAGAAUCAGAAGAUGAUUCGGAAUGUGAGGAGAGCUCUACCUAUGAAGAAGUUACCGAAGAAAAUAUUAAGUUUCCUUUGUCAAAAAGAGAAGGACGAAUAGAAAUGUUGGACGGUAAAAACUGAGUAGGUGAAUUGGCCUUAUUUUCCUGCCAUUUCAAUAUCUACAUGUAAUCCUCAUUUUUUCAAGGCCUCUGGGAAAGUUGUGCUGUGUACUACUAAUAAGCUUGUGUACUUGAUAUAUGGAGAGGUGUAAAAAAAAUCCGUUGUAGGUCUGCUAUCAAGUCAGAAGAAAUUAAUGAGGAUUUCAUUUGUAAAAUUGAGGGGAAAGCAGAAAAAAUAGUUGGACCAGACAGAAACAAAAGAAUAAUAGCUAUGAACUAUUUAUGAUUUAAUCUGUAAUAACAUUACAGAUUACUACCAAUUCUUGGGUACAUAGAGAUCAAAGAAAAUGUCUGUGGAAAACAGAUAAUUUACUCUAGAUUGUUUCAAUUACAAAGUAUUUGGGCUGGUGACCCACUGUUAUAUGUUAAUAGUAGUGGUCUUCCAAAUGAACUACAUUCCUAACUCCCAGGUCUGGUUGGGAUUCAAGCUCAUUUGUUUACACCACAGGUUACUCACCUUGCAUAAACUGUCCUUUAAGGUCAAGGUAAAAGAAUUGUGUUAGACUGAAAUAUAUUUUUGUGGAUAAGCAGCAUUCAUAAUGGAGAAUGAGGAAUGCCAUUGGGAACCCAGUAUAUUUUAAAGGUCCAAAAUAUGCUACAAAUCAAAUUGGGAGUUUAUAAUCCCAGCCAGUUUGAGAUCACAUUACAUCUUUGAAAUUAAAAUAUGCCUUGUAUUCUCAUAAAGUUUAUUU